AAGCAAAAAAUGUACAAUUAGUUCCACAAGUUACUGGGUGUAAAGAUGCAGAUGUCCAAGGUUUUUUAUACAAAUAAUAAGGGCAGAAAUGAAUCAUUUUAGGAUUUCAGAUGAUCUAACAUUACAUUCUAAACAUUUGAUGGGGAGAAAGAAACUACAACACUGUGAUGUAGAUACUGGAUGCAUCCAUCAUAAAAAUGAGAAAUGAUUCAGAAAAAACACCAGCUUUACAGCACAUAAACCCACAUACACUAUUUGAAUCAGGAAAUACUAUACUGUGUUUCCUGCACUGGAAAAGAUAAAUUGGUUAGAAUGUAAGCAUAUAUUGAACUGGAACAACCUCUUAACUACUCUGCCUGGUGUCACCAGUCCCUAUAAUUGGCCCCACACACAGCAACAAGUUAUCAGCUGUGACAGAAAGGCUGGCCAUCAAAGUUAGACGCAUAACUCUCCAACCAGACAGAAAACACAGAACGGAGAACACAGAAGUAGCUACUGAAAACACCAAACACGGAAAAGAGAAGUAGUAACAUUUCGAUUUUCCCACCUCUAAAUUAACUGACACCCAUCUGAGAAAUUUAUGCUUGCAACAACAAACAAGAAUAACCAGAUUCUGAUUCCCACUUCCCUUCUGAAAGACUAAGCAGAGACAGCAGGAAGGCUGCGCUGCCUGAUCACGCUGGAAGAGCAGAAGGAACAUGAAGAUAGGAGCGGUAACGGUCUCAAUUUUCACAACAAUUAAUUCUACACUUCCGUGAUGGAGGAAUACUUGCGACGUUUUGAAGAUGUGUCAAAAAAAUAUGGAAGCAAGUUUCUCAUGCAGGUGCAAGAUGGUUCACCUCGAAAAGUUUUCAGGAAGGGCCAUGCAAUACUUCCGCUUCAUCUGGCUGCCUCUUACAGAAGAUUUAAGAGCAUGCAGAGUCUGCUGUCAGCAGGAGCAGACCCUGAAAUGAGGGACCAGCUCGGUCAAACCACACUACACUUGGUGAUAGUUUGUUGGCCGAGCAUCCAGACAACUUGGUCAAAACCAGAUUCCAAGUUACAGACUGCUGUGAUCGAUUUGCACAGGAAGGCGAAGGCUUGUCUACAGCUCCUCUGUGAGCAUGGUGUUAACGUCAAUGCACAGGUGAAGGGAGAGAGUCAGCAGACAGCUCUCCACCUUUCAGUACGCUACACUGCUCUGUCUGCUGUCCAGAUUCUUGCCAGCUAUGGCGCUGAUGUUAAUGCUGUGGACAGCAACGGGAUGACGCCCCUACAUAUGGCCGCUGGGAUGCUCCAUAAGGAUAUUAUAGCCAACCUGAUCAGGCAGGGAGCAGAUAUCAACAUGGGGCUGAAGAACACUGGAAACACUCCUCUGCACUUAGCUGCUGUGGCAAUGGCUAUGAAGACCACCAAGACCCUGCAAGACGACUUAAACUGCAUCUCUGAGCUGCUGGAUCAUGGGGCCGAGCCCAACGCAGAGAACAAGGCAGGAAUUACACCUUUACACGAGGCAUGCAGCAUGGGCAACAAGGAGCUGGUCGAGCUGCUGCUCAGGUACGGAGCUAACAUCAACAAGCUCAGCCAAGCAGGGGAGAACUGUCUGUUUCUGUUCCUGAACCACAGGUCUAAUGUAAGGAACAGCUCCCUGCUGGUGAAGCUCCUCAGCCUGACCUCCCCGCUCACCGUCUACAACCAAAACUGCCACCUGCCCUCAGCCUUGACAUUACCAUGUUUCUUGAAGCAGAGAGACCAGCUACUAAAACUCAUUCAGCAGCCAAGAAGGCUUCAGGAUAUUUGUAAGAGUGAUAUUUACCUGAAACACAUCCCAGACAAAAAAGGGGAACUGAAAGAAAUCCUGCCAGAGAGGCUAUAUGACUUUGUCUUCAACUACUGGGAGAACACACACAACAUCUCCUUUGUGAUUGAUGAUGACCGACAGGACUCUUUUGAUAACACAUUUGAUAAUAUUACUCCUAGCUGACACCUGUGAGUCAGUGACAGUUGGAGGUGAUGUCUCAAGCUACAGACACACCUUAAAUCUAAUAACUUCAAACAUACAAAUACAAAUUUAUCAAAGCCGCUCACCUUCAGGUCUCUGUGCAUGA